CAUUAGCUUGCUAAGAGGAAGAAUAAGACUUACUUGAACUUGUAAGCUUCUUGCAUAACGUUUGGCUAAGUCUUUAUCUUCUUCUUUGUAAAGAAACAUGGCCUCAGCCUCUCUUUUGAAGACCUCUCAAGUCCUUGACAAGUCUGAGUUUGUCAAGGGUCAGACACUCCGCCUUCCUUCCGUUGCUGGCGUAAGGUUCUCCUCCUCGGCUUCCUCCUCCCUUACUGUCCGCGCUGCCAGCUCCUACGCUGAUGAGCUUGUUAAGACCGCGAAAACCGUGGCAUCACCAGGACGCGGUAUCUUGGCCAUGGAUGAGUCGAACGCUACCUGUGGGAAACGUCUUGCCUCAAUCGGGCUAGAGAACACUGAAGCUAACCGCCAAGCUUACCGUACUCUUUUGAUCACUCCCCCUGGUCUUGGUCAGUACAUCUCUGGUGCUAUCCUCUUCGAGGAGACCCUCUACCAAUCCACCACCGAUGGGAAGAAAAUGGUUGAUGUUCUUGUCGAGCAGGGCAUUGUUCCUGGUAUCAAAGUCGACAAGGGUUUGGUACCACUCUCUGGUUCAAACGAAGAGUCAUGGUGCCAAGGUCUUGAUGGUCUUGCUUCCCGCUCUGCUGCUUACUACCAACAGGGUGCCCGUUUUGCCAAAUGGCGUACUGUUGUGAGCAUUCCCAAUGGGCCAUCUGCCUUGGCAGUUAAGGAAGCAGCAUGGGGUCUUGCCCGCUAUGCUGCUAUCACCCAAGACAAUGGGUUGGUCCCAAUUGUGGAGCCAGAGAUCCUUCUCGAUGGUGAGCAUGGUAUCGACAGGACAUUCGAGGUUGCUCAGAAGGUUUGGGCCGAGGUGUUCUUCUACUUGGCUGAGAACAAUGUGCUGUUUGAGGGUAUCCUUCUUAAGCCUAGCAUGGUUACCCCUGGUGCCGAGUGCAAGGAAAGGGCUACUCCUGAACAAGUUGCUAGCUACACUCUUGACCUCCUCCGUAGGAGAAUCCCCCCUGCUGUCCCUGGAAUCAUGUUCUUAUCUGGUGGGCAAUCUGAAGUGGAGGCAACCUUGAACUUGAAUGCCAUGAACCAAAGCGCAAACCCAUGGCAUGUAUCUUUCUCUUACGCCAGAGCCCUCCAGAACACCUGUUUGAAGACAUGGGGAGGAAGGCCCGAGAAUGUAAAGGCUGCUCAAGAUGCUCUGUUGACCAGGGCCAAGGCCAACUCUUUGGCACAGCUCGGUAAGUACACUGGCGAGGGCGAGUCUGCAGAGGCCAGCGAGAGCACAUACGUCAAGAACUACUCAUACUAAGAUCUUCUGUUAUCAAGUGAGAGAUCCAAGUAGAUUAAGUUUGUUGAUUAUAUGGUGGUUGAUCUAAAGCCCUAAUGAUAUGAUUAAUGGCCAUGAAACAGACUUUUUUGGUAAUUAUUUGAAAGGAAUGUAUUUUAUACUCAGUUUUAAUAAGAUUAUUUAUCUACUGAUGAAA